AUGAUUCCGAACGUCUCCACAUCCGCGUCCUCCUCAUUCGCUCCUCUCAUUCCUUCUAUAUCCAUUCCAACUCACGCUCCUUCCCUUUCUGUCGGCAAAGCCAAUUCGCUCUCCUUUCCUUCUAGUCCCAAAACCAGUCGAUUAUCUCAGCAUUUCUCUUCCCUCCGCUCCCCUCUCCCAAUGCGACCCCCGGCGGCGGUUUCCAUUGAGAAAGAGACGAUGGAGGCGGAGCGGCCCGACACAUUUCUCAGAGAAUCGGAGAGUGGAGAGGUGAGGGUUCGGUUUGAGAAGAUGAUCAGGGAUGCUCAGGACAGCGUCUGCCAGGCCCUCGAAGCCGUCGAUAAAGUCGGCAAGUUUAAAGAAGACGUCUGGUCCAGACCGGGCGGUGGCGGAGGCAUUAGUAGAGUCUUGCAGAACGGCGCCGUUUUUGAGAAGGCCGGAGUUAAUGUGUCCGUCGUCUAUGGCGUUAUGCCCCCUGAAGCAUAUAGAGCUGCCAGGUCGGCUUCUCCCGAUCAGAAACCUGGCCCUAUUCCUUUCUUCGCAGCCGGAAUCAGCUCUGUCUUGCAUCCCAAGAAUCCCUUUGCCCCCACUGUGCAUUUUAACUAUAGAUACUUCGAGACUGAUGCUCCCAAAGAUGCUCCUGGAGCCCCUCGGCAAUGGUGGUUCGGUGGUGGGACUGACUUAACCCCAGCUUAUAUCUUCGAGGAUGAUGUUAAGCAUUUUCAUUCGGUUCAAAAGAAGGCAUGUGACAAGUUUGAUCUCACAUUUUAUCCACGCUUCAAGCAAUGGUGUGAUGAUUAUUUCUACAUCAAGCAUCGAGGUGAGAGGCGAGGACUUGGGGGAAUAUUCUUUGAUGACCUUAAUGACUAUGAUCAAGAGAUGCUUCUUGCUUUUGCUACUGAGUGUGCGAAUUCCGUGAUUCCUGCGUAUGUUCCAAUCGUGGAGAGAAGGAAGGAUAUGCCAUUUAAUGACCAGCAGAAAGCAUGGCAACAGUUGCGCCGCGGCCGCUAUGUAGAAUUCAACUUGGUGUAUGAUAGGGGCACAACUUUCGGGCUGAAGACUGGAGGUCGAAUAGAAAGUAUUCUGGUCUCGUUGCCGCUAUCAGCUCGGUGGGAGUAUGACCACAAACCAGAGGAAGGAAGUGAAGAGUGGAAACUGCUGGAUGCUUGUAUCAACCCGAAAGAAUGGCUCUAA